GCGGGCUGAGCGCGCCAGGAUCCGCGUUGUGAGCCGGGCAGCGGAGUUUCGUGCGCCCAGCAGGCACAGGCUCCAGACUGUUUGAAAAGCCUGCUGGGACAUGUCAUCGUUGCUGGAUGCCUGGUGCUCGAUAGAAACUUGGCAGCUCGGUAGCUCCUCUGAACAAGUGCAGCAUGUCGCCAGGAAUCAGAGCCCAGACGAAUUCAGACGUCCUGUGAUUCUAAAUGCAUUGUCCUGUCCAGUGAUAUCUUGUCCCACUGAUAAACUGGCAACUCAUCGGGCCACAACAGAGGGAAACUGGAGAAAAUACCAUUGGCAUCCAAGGCCUACAAUAUUGCCCCAUCUCAAAGGGAAGUCUCUGACUGUUAUUUGAAAUGCUGAGAAACUUGUUUCGGAGGAGACUUUUUUCUUAUCCCGCAAAAUACUAUUUUGUGGGUCUUGUCCUCUCUCUAAUUACCUUCUCUGUUUUAAGAAUUCAUCAGAAGCCUGAAUUUGUUAGUAUCAGACACUUGGAGCUUGCUGGAGAUGAUGCUGAUAGCAACAUUAAUUGCACCAAAGUUUUACAGAAUGACCCAGAUGAAAUCCAGAAGGUGAAGCUGGAGUUAAUAACAGUGAAAUUUAGGAAGCGCCCGCGGUGGACACCGUAUGACUAUAUAAACAUGACCCGUGACUGCGCCUCUUUCAUCAGGACGCGCAAAUACAUUGUAGAGCCCCUUAGUAAAGAAGAGGUCGGCUUUCCAAUUGCAUAUUCCAUAGUGGUUCAUCACAAGAUUGAAAUGCUUGACAGGCUCCUGAGGGCCAUCUAUAUGCCUCAGAAUUUCUACUGCAUUCACGUGGACAAAAAAGCAGAGGAAUCCUUCUUAGCCGCAGUGGUGGGCAUUGCAUCCUGCUUUGGUAAUGUCUUUGUGGCCAGCCAGUUGGAGAAUGUUGUUUAUGCAUCCUGGAGUCGGGUUCAGGCUGACCUCAACUGUAUGAAGGACCUGUACAGAAUGAGUGCAAACUGGAAGUACUUGAUCAAUCUCUGUGGUAUGGAUUUCCCUAUUAAAACCAACCUAGAAAUUGUCAGGAAGCUCAAGUCGUUCUCGGGUGAAAACAACCUGGAAACUGAGAAGAUGCCUCAGAACAAGGAAGAAAGGUGGAAAAAACGAUACGCUGUUGUUGACGGGAAGCUGUCAAACACCGGGGUAGCCAAAGCGCCACCUCCACUGAAAACUCCUCUCUUUUCAGGCAGUGCCUACUUCGUAGUCAGUAGGGAAUAUGUAGGUUAUGUGCUAGAAAGUGAAAAUAUCCGAAAGUUCAUGGAGUGGGCACAGGAUACAUACAGCCCGGAUGAGUACCUCUGGGCCAGUAUCCAGAGAAUCCCUGAAGUCCCCGGUUCUCUCCCCUCGAGCCAUAAGUAUGACUUGUCUGACAUGAAUGCCGUCGCUCGGUUUGUCAAGUGGCAGUACUUUGAAGGUGAUGUUUCCAAAGGCGCUCCUUACCCACCGUGCAGCGGAGUCCAUGUGCGCUCCGUGUGUGUUUUCGGAGUUGGCGACCUGAGCUGGAUGCUUCACCAACACCACCUUUUCGCCAAUAAGUUUGACAUGGAUGUUGACCCCUUUGCCAUCCAGUGUUUGGAUGAGCAUCUGAGGCAUAAAGCCUUGGAGGCCUUAGAACACUAACUGCUGUCGAGAAUCCUGGGGAAAAUAAGGAUGCACAAAAGUAUUACCCUCAUCUGUUUCCUUUGUCUUGUAUGGGGUCCUCUCUGGGGUGAUGGCUUUUAAGUCGGUGUCAGAGAAGCUGCAUGAAUUGUGCAGAUACAGUUACAAGAGAGGUUGAUAUAUUAAGUGUUGUACAGCAGUUGUGAGGAGAGAGUUAAGAUGGCUGGAAGCUGGGGAAGGUUUUUAUGGACAGAGGGGACCCAGGUGAUUGGGAAAGAGGCCAGUGAAGGAAUUAGCCUCCCUGACUAAUGAAAAAACCAAAUAGGUACUUAAUCUGGAGGAGAUUUGACUUGUGCCAAAAUUCUCUUGAGAAUUUUAAACAUGAUAAUUUUCUUGACAUGAAUAAAUUUGUAGCAACAACCAAUCACAAGGAUAUGAUUUACCUUGUAUAUUUUUUUGGAAUGGACGUUUGGUUUUCCUCUUAAGUUAUCCUUGUAAAUAAUCCACUUCCUGCUGUGACUCUGUGGGUGUGGUGUCUCUGUGUGUCAUCUCAGGGAGUUUAAAAUAUGUUGAGCAUGAAUAUCUCUAUCUUAAUUUUUGCUUCUAACUAUGCAUUCAUGUUUUCAAAAGCAAGGGAGAAGGGACAAUUUCUAGCUCACUGAUUUUAUGGAUUCUUUUAAAUUAUUAGAAAAUUCUAGGAACCAGCUGGGUGUAUGGCCUGUGCCCGUGAAGAAGGAGGAUUGUUUAAGCUCAAGUGAUAGCAGCUAGGCUGGGCAAAAGAACAAGACCCCGUCUCUUUAGAAAGGAGAAGAAACAAACUCAGUUUUUCAGAUAUAUAAUCUUUUAUCCCAUCUUCCCAGACUGUGCGUGCUGUCAAACGGCAUGCAUGUUGCUGUUUUAAGACCCUGUAUCAAUGCUUUGGUUCUUUGGUGUGAUUCAGUCACCAGUAACUAGUGCAGAAAACAAGGGAGGAUGAAGGUGUCCAGGGGAAGGAGUCUGUGACAGCCAUGGCAGAGGCCCGGUACAUAGGUGUUUAUAGCCAGCAAUUGGUUCUGUCCUAAGAAAUUAAGGUUUCUGCCCACUGGAUGGACUAGUGUCGAGUGGGGGCAUCCUGACCCUGUUAUCUGCCCACUGGCUUUUCUUAGCCUGCUAGUUGGUCGUUUCUCCCUCUCUCAUGGCCUGUGAGGAGGGGAAAAUAAGCACGCUUGUGUCCACAUGAACUGUUUGAAGGCCCGGGAAGAGCGCUGUGGUAUCACAGCGUGCUUUUACUAAAAGAAACUACCAUUUGGUAGUUUCUGCAGUUCUGACUCUCAUCUCAAGUGAAAUUUGUUUUGUUUUAUUUUCCCCUCUUAAUAUUAUUUAGCUAAAUCUAAACUGUUCGGCCAGAAUCAUAAUGAAUGUGAAGCCUUGUCACUUAGUAUUAAUUUUUUUUUUUUUUGUUUUUCUAGACAGGGUUUUGGUGCCUGUCCUGGAUCUCGCUCUGUAGACCAGGCUGGCCUCGAACUCACAGAGAUCCGCCUGGCUCUGCCUCCCAAGUGCUGGGAUUAAAGGCAUGUACCACUGCUGCCCAGCUAGUAUUAAAUUUUAAACAAGAAUCAUCACCUUGUACUUUUAUUUCUAAAAUGUAGUCAACUUUAUAAUAAUCCACGAGAAAAUCAUCACAUCAGACGAUUUUAAGGCAUUCAACUGAUAAACUAUGUUUUCUGCCUCCAAGCUAGAAUAUAUUUUUCUUUUAAUGACAGCUCUUGUCAUUAGGAAAGCUGGGGGUCAGUAGAUAAGGUGGGUUUUGCGUUGGUCCAGAAGAAACAUGUCUGCUAUGACAGUGCUCAUGGAGAUGCCAUGGUGGGUGCUGUGUGCCCUCCAUACCGGCUUCUGGUUUCGUUCUGUAGUUUGGACCAGGUUUUGUCGAAUGCUUCUUUUAGUAGAAAGACUUUCAAUUUAUGAGACAGGGCAUCUUUUAAAUCUAAAACCGGUGAUACCUGGCGACAUAAAAUUUCUGUAAACAGCUGUGACUUAAGCAGUUUUUCUGUUUCUAUUUUGAAAACGCAGGGUUAAAGCAAUAAUAGUCCAGUGACCCAGCAAGCAGCCCUGUCCUGAAGUAACCAGCGGUGAACACACAUAGCCCCAUUUGCUUCAUACUCAGUGAACUCUUGAACUUCGCAAAACUGGAAAUUAAAUUUCUUUAAUUACAAGUGUUUUUUAAAAAUCAAAUAUUUUAUAUUAUUUAUCUAAACACUCUAAGUAUUAUAGUGUGACUGCAUUUAGUUUAAAGUUAAUUGACAAGUUGGAGGGUUUUUUUUUUUCCACUAUAGGAGUAAAACUGGGAUUCUAGAGUUCCAGAGCCCCGCGUUAAUGCUGUGAAGCCGCCACCCUUUUGAUACCUCACCUUCCUACCAUUGCACUUGUUGAUCUAAGUCCACUGCAGUAGCAUCCCGAUGCCUGACACGGGGCUCCUGCAGUGUCUCUUUACUGGGACUCAAUGAAUUUUGUUUUUAAAUUUUCCAAUAUGACUUAAAGCAAAAGAAAUUCAUACAGUGGGAAUUAAUAACUGGAAGAACUGAAAAGGGAACUUGAAAUGGAACCCUAAGACGUCCCAGAAGAGCACAAUUCCAGUUCACUGGGCGAGAUACAGGCUUUAUUUAAGUUUCUUCAUAGUUGUUAGCAAACACUAAUUUUAAUACAGUCAUUAAGGUCUUUUAUAGAAAACUUUUAGUAAUCACAUUCACAAAUAAAAUCGAAUUCUAGCUAUUAAGUCAAUCAAGAUUUGUGUAUUUGUUAAAGAUUAAUUUUAAAAGAUUCUUUAUUUUAUAGGCAACUGCCUAGAUUUUUCCAAGUCUGAGGUAAAAAAACAAAAACAAAAAACAAAACUGUUUUGCCUUAAAAACCGGGAACAUUAUGAUUUCAAAAUGUGUAUUUGUGUCACUCAUCUAGAAGGGUUCAUUUAAGUGAAUGUAUUUCCUCUUCACUUGAUUUGGGUUCGAAGAGGCUGUUUUAGUAGUUUGUGUAUAGGAUUGAUGGAACUGGAUGUUUUUAUCUGCUUAAAAAAUCAUCAUUAUGAAGUAUAAAAUGCAAGACUAUUUAUGGUAAAUUUUACUUUUUUGAAUGAAUCAGUCAUAUCACCAUUAAAAUCAA